CAAAUAUGGCGGCUCUCUUGGAGACCUACGAGCAGCAGUAUGCAGUUUUAACCGCGGAUAUUACCUCUAAAAUCGGCCGGAUUCCGAAUUUAAGUGGUUGACCAGUGACGGAAAAAUGGCCUCGUCUUUUACAUAUUCCGGUCCGAAUGUGGCCGAAAUGACUCCAGAAAAGAUCUUAGAGUGCACUUUGGAAGAAAUCCAGACCAAAUGCGGUCUCUCGCUCAGAAAAUGUCAGCAGCUGAAGCGAGACGCGGCAUCAAAAGUACUUAAAGCCCAGUUUCUGCCACUCAACCGGCUGCCUUUGUUGUCCAAACUGACCACCGGCUGCUCAAAAAUCGACUUCCUUCUCGGCGGGGGGCUUUGCUCCCGGGGGAUCAACGAGCUGUCUGGAGCCAGUGCAUGCGGAAAGACACAAUUCUGCCUCAAACUCUGCCUGACAGCACAGUGGCCAAAGAGUCUUGGCGGUUUUGAAGCUGGUGUUUUGUACAUUUCCACGGAGGGUCGGUUUCCAUCUAAAAGACUGAACCAGUUGGCCGCCAGAAUCGCCUCAAGGACUGACUUGCCAAAGGAAGUCACAAGUCUCCCCUACUCAGACAACGUGUUUGUACGACAAAUUGGAGAAAAGGAGGAUUUAACUAAGUGUCUGUCGGACGGGGCUGCUCUGAUGGCUGCUCGACCCGUUCGUCUGAUCAUCGUCGAUUCAAUAGCAGGCGUUUUUCGAACAGAUUUGGAUGCUGGAGCCGGAGAGAGGGCCAAGUCUUUGCGAGCAGUGGUCAGACAGAUGGAAAUUUUGUCCGGGAAGUUUGACGCUGCUAUUCUGUGUGUGAACCAAGUAGCCGACGUUGUGUCCGAGGGAGGUGGAAGUCAGCAAGUGCCAGCUUUGGGCCUCAGUUGGGCCAACCUGCUCAGAACAAGAAUGUGGAUGAGCAGGACAGGGGACAAGCGAUUUUUAGAAGUUGGGUUUUCUCCCGAAGUGCCGAGUGGUGUCAAACUUCAGUUUGAAAUUUCAAAUGAUGGACUGAGUGGCGUUUGAUUUGAAAAUAAAAUUUUAAAUAAAAUAAAAUUCUCUGGAUAAAUACUGUGAUUUUUGUCAAAUUUCCUUUUUUUAAAGAAUAAAAUUUUCUGAAAUAAAUAAUAAAU